AAAAUAGGUUACACGCAGAUUGACAUGUUCUAUAGUUUUAUCAGCUUAUUUUAAUAAAAAUGAAAAAUUAAUCCAAUAAAUACUCGAAGUUUCAAUCAAAUAAUUUGCCUUUCUUAUUGACAACAAAAUCUUAGAUGAAACUUUUGAAGAUGUUUUGAUAUUUCGUCAGUAUCAGCUGUUGUGACCUUGUGUAUGGUGUGAGUGCAUGCAUAAGGCAAAGAGUAUAUUGUUACGGUUUCCAAAUCCCAACCCUACCUUUGGGUAGUAGUUUUCGGUUUACGAUUAGUAAGUUUCGGAAACUAAUCGUAAAUAAUAGUGAUUGAAACAAACGAUCAAUCUUUAUUUUGUUUCUAUAAAAAAUAGAAUGAUGAAUAUCAUUUGUGGUGAUCGUAAGUAAUGCCAAGGUUGAAGCAUUCGAAGUGUAGGUUCUAUUUCGUGGUUUAAUGCAUGCACUUACAGAAGGAUAUUCAAAAUGUGUUUGAUACAUACCGAGAAACAAUCUUAGAAGUUCUAGGAUAAUUAUCAACCACAAUAGUAAAAAUGUCUGUAAACAAUAUAUUAGAAUGUUUGUCGUUGGUUAAGUGACCACUCCACUUGUAUUUCGGGUACGAUUUUUGGGUCGUCUCGAACACAAUCCCUGGAUGGAUUGUGUUUACGUUAUUGUGAUCAUGCUCGGACCGUGCACUGGGCACGUCUCGCGUAAGGAACUUUAAUGAUCCUUCCGCAGGUUCCCCUACGGAAACCUUGUUACGACUUUUACUUCCUCUAAAUGAUCAAGUAUGGUUAACUUCCCAGCAACACUAACGCCCGCGAUCCCGCCACCGCGUAUCGCUCCGAAGACCUCACUAAAUCAUUUAAUCGGUAGUAGCAACGGGCGGUGAGUAUAAAGGACAGAGACGUAAUCAACGCGAGCUUAUGACUCGCGCUUACUGGGAAUUCCUCGUUAAUGGGGGAUAAUUGUGAAUUCACCUGCUGAUUAACGAUAUGUUGUGGUUUUUUUAGGAAAUUAUAUUACUAAUUUGUUUUUAGCUAAGUUCAUCCCUAUUAUCUAGUGAAAAAAUCUGUGUUCCGUUAAUGUCAAACGUCAAAUUUAAACGUCAUCCCAUUCCCCCCGGUCUUUACGGGUCUUCCCGUUGUUUACUGUUGUGAAAAUAACCUCUUUCAAUUAAUUAAUUUUUCCUAAUAGCUAAUUAAUUGUUUACAUUUCUAUUGUCAAAAGUAACUUAUUUUGUGUUAAUAAAAGAAACAGAACAAUUCAUUCAAAGUUUACGAUAUGCGAUAAGUUCGUUUUGUAAGUAGAUUGUUAAUCACUAAAAACAUACAAAAAUAAAUAGCUACAAUGGCUUUUUCGUUCGGAACACCUAGUACUCAAACUUCAACCUUCGGAGCUGCAGCAAAACCCACAUUUUCAUUUGGAGGUGGUACCACAACAACAACUAGUUCGGGAUUUGGUGGUUUUGGAAAUACAUCCACUGCAACAGGUUUUGGUGGGUUCGGUGCACCAGCAACUAGUACAGCUACACCAUUUGGAGGAUUAGGCACUACACCUGCAUCUACUGCACCAUCCUUGUUCGGAGGAACGGGCUUUGGCACCACUGCUGCUAAACCAGCGACAGGUUUUGGGAAUACUUCAUUUGGUGCAAGCACGUUUGGUACCACUCCAGCAUUUGGUCAAUCUACAUUUGGAAGCACUGCACCAACUUUUGGCACCAGUACCCUUGGCUCUAAUACCUUUGGUGCACCAUUUGGUGGUGCUGCUAACACAAUUGGUCCAGGGUUUGGAGCUAAGCCACAAACUGGGUUCGCUGGAUUCGGUAAUCUCGGAGCAACACCGCAGUUCGGACAGGUACGGAAAUAAUGCAUUAGAAAUAUU